AUCCGCUCUGAUACCCGUCCGCCGUGGAUCAGAACCGGCGCGUGGCCUGCGGGGGGAUCAGAGGCACCGGAGCAGAGAAUGAUGACAUCAGCGCGUGAACGUCCCGAUCCUCCGCGCGUGAGCUGAUCGAUCAUCAGGUGUUCUCGCGCUCCGACCUGUCCGCCAUGCUGCCAGCCUCCAUCCAGAUCACGGGCGAGCUGCUGUCAGCCGCCGAGGUCCAGGACAUCUGUGAGAGUCUGAAGGAGGACAGCGUGCGGCUGCUGUCUGUCCGCGGCUGUCAGCUCGCCGACCGAGACUUUGGACGCGUCUGUCGCAGCGUGGCAGAGUCACACUCCCUCGCUCAGCUCAACCUGAACCUGGGCGUGGUGUCCAGCAUCAGCCGGACCCGACACCUGGCCGACGCUCUGAAGAGUAACCGGUCCCUGCAGACUCUGUUUCUCCAUGGCAACCCUCUGUUGGAUGCCGGCCUGGUGACACUGAACUCGGCCCUGUCAACCCACCCGGCGCUGGUCUGCCUGGACCUGGGAGACUGCAUGCUGGGAGACGAGGCGCUGGGUCUGAUCUGUGGGAUGCUUCCGCCCGACGGAGCCAAGUCAGGUCUGAGGGAGCUCACACUGAGCGCCAACCCAGGAAUCAGCUCCAAAGGCUGGGCUCAACUCGCCAUCGCUGUGGCUCACAGCUCCCAGCUUCGAGUGCUGAACCUGGACUACAACCCACUGGGUGAUCAGAUUGCCGGCAUGCUGGCGGUUGCUGUGGCGUCCAGCAGAACUCUGGAGGUGUUGGACCUGGAAGGAACCGGACUGACCAACCAAUCAGCACAGGUCUUCUUGGACAUGGUGGAGAACUACCCAACCAGUCUGCGGGUUCUGGUUCUGGCAGAGAACGACAUCAGUCCAGAGCUGCAGCAGCAGAUCUGUGACCUGCUGUCUGAAGGGGAGGAAGACGAUGACAGAGAGGCCCUGCCCCUCCACCCGGGCCCCGCCUCCAGCAGCGCCCUGCUGCCAAUCAGAGACAAGUACCAGCCAAUCAGAGACAAGUACCAGCCCCCCGCCUGGCUCCCCCACAGCAACUCCAACACCCAGAUGGUCUUGCUGACAUCAGGUCUAGGUGACAGUCUAUUGGCUGAGACUGAGAUGUGACCCCUCCCACAGACACACCCACUUCCGGUUUGACCUUGUUUGGUUUGUUUUUCUGCACUGCACUUCUCUGGGUUGUCAAAUCACCUGAUCACUAGCCAAUCACAUGCUCUGCAUGGUUUGACGUAGCACCUGUACGUAGACGGGGUGGAGCUUGAACGGCACAAACCUUUGGACAGGUGUAGCUCGACAGGUGUACUGUGUGUUCAUGAAUGUUUGUUCUGCUGCUCUGAUGUCACAAUAAAACUGUUUACAGCUUCA